GUGCUGGGAACUGCAGCUUUCUUAGGGUUCUGGAAACCAUAUUGAGCUCUUUGGAAUUCUCAGAGAUUUUUUUUGGGGGGGGUGGCUGUUAAUAGAUGCUGCGAUAUGGUACCAUGUCAUCCCAGUGCAAAGGAAAAGAGCUAAGAUCUUCUCCCUUACUAUAAUGUCCAAACAAGAUGUGAUGGGGAAGAAGAAUGAGAGGUUUGUAAGGAGUCUUCAAUAAUUUUGCCAAGGCAAUUGUUAUGGUUCAGGGCCUCAUGCUAUUAGCCUUUCUUGUACAUGGAGAUCCUUUAUGAAAUGCAUUCAGGCCCAUCAAACAAAUCUGUGCUGAGAUACACAUACUGUAUCACCAUUUUUACUGCUGGAACUGCUCUGAAUCUGACUUCUGGAAGAACGUGUUUUAACUGUACAGUGUCCUGGAAAAGACACUCUGUAUUGGGAAAGAAAGGAACUGAGUUCCCUCCCAUUUUCCACUUUCCUGAUGUUCCAAAUGACCAGUACCCUGGAGUUAUGAUUUGUGGUGUUGUCAGGAUUCUAACUGGACUGUAACUGACCUAAGAAUUCUGCAGAGCAGUUGCUGCUGUGGCUGGCCGGCUGCUCAGGCGAACGUCAGCUCAGUGGCCAACAGCUCAGUCUUCCUAAGGCUCAGGAGCACCUAGCACAUACUUGCUCCAUUCCUGGCACGCUAGUCUCUAGCUGAGGAACGCAUUUCACGUAAGUUUAUGGAUUAAACAUUCCUCACUAUGCCGUCAGGUGUGUUUAUGCUCAGUGGGAAAGGAUAGCUGCAGUAAAGGUAAAGGGACCCCUGACCAUUAGGUCCAGUCGUGACCGACUCUGGGGUUGCGGCGCUCAUCUCGCUUUAUUGGCCGAGGGAGCCGGCAUACAGCUUCCGGGUCAUUAUUAAGCCGCUUCUGGCGAACCAGAGCAGCGCACAGAAACGCCGUUUGCCUUCCCGACGGAGCGGUACCUAUUUAUCUACUUGCUCUUUGACGUGCUUUCGAACUGCUAGGUUGGCAGGAGCAGGGCCCGAACCACGUGUGGUCACCCCGUCGCGGAGAUUAGAACCACCAACCUUCUGAUGGGCAAGUCCUAGGCUCUGUGGUUUAACCCACAAAACAGCAAAAUCAUGAGCAGCUUCCCAUCCACAACAGGUUGCUGAGGUUCUGGCCAUUUUCACAGGAACAAUGCAACAGUAGAUUAAAUCAGUAGCAGUGUGCUGGAAGAAAGUCUGAGUUGCGGCUUCUCUGGAUCAGGUGUCUCUACCUAACCAGGGGGUGGGAGAGAGCAGGGGAACUCUUUCUUUUGCUGCUUCUUUCUGUGAAUGGAAGGAAGAAUGCAGGAGGAAGGAUGUCCUUCAAUGACUAGACAUGCUUGUUAUUCCCUCUCUCACUGCAUCUUGUCUUCUCUUUUGUUUCCAGGAUGUCUGCCAAUGUCUUCCUGGGUCCCCUCCUGGCCAAACCCCCCCUGCGGGUGAAAGAAGGCUCCCUAGUGGUCAGGUGGCUGAGAUUCGUGUCCUGCCUCCAAUUAUCCGCAUUCCUAAUGGAUAUUUUGGCCUUGCCGAUGUGCAUUGUGUCAACACUCAGUGUCAACUGGAGAGUGUGGCGUGUGGAAAACGUCAAGGGAAUCGGCUCUGGAAACAUCUGGAUUGGAAUCUGGGAUGCCUGCUUUUGGAAAGACCCUUCUAAUGACGGCAACUCUUAUUACCAUUGUGAAGAUCUCAGUGAGCAAUAUCCAACCCUCCCGAGGGAAAUUUUUAUUGCUCAGGACUUAAUGGUCUUAGCUGCCGUUAUGAAUUCAGCGGCCCUAGUACUACAGUCAUUCGCCCUUUACAAUGUGCUCGAGCCCGGAAAACACAAGGAUUUUCUCUUAACCUUUUUUGGGCUUGGAGCUCUGCUGAACUUAUCUGCAGGAAUACUCAUCCUGAUUUCUGUGGUAUGGAACAUGUCUGCUGUCUUACAUAAUGGGAAAAUUGACUUCCCCGAAACUUUUGAAUUGCCUCAAAUUCCCAGCGAGCAGCAUAUUGGACCUUCUAUUUAUCUAGGCUAUAUCGCUGCGGGUUUCCAGCUGCUGAGUGCAGCAUUGGUUGGGAUGGAGAGAUGUUGCAUCAGGACCACCACAACAAAUACAUCUCUAAUAGAAACUGUAGUGGUGAUUACCCCAGGAAGUGCAGUGAAUAGCGAGAGUCUAACUACAUGUUCGAAGUGUGGUUCUUUGCUAGAUCUGGUAAUUCAAGAGAAAUCCUCCACAGUGGAGAUGGAGGAAAGCUGUGCAAGUGAUCUUGUCAUUCCAGAGGAAUCCUGCGCAGUAGAGAUGGAGGAAAGCCGUACGCCCCAAAGCUCACCUGAAGGACAUCAAAGUCCACCUGAAGUCCCAAAACAUACUAUUAUACAUGUUAUACCCUACAGCAGGGAGUCGUAAACUAUCAGAUCCAGAUCAACGCAGAUUGCUCCAUACACGGAUGGAUCUGCGUGGAUCAGGAUAUGAUAGUUUUGUUUUGGGACUUCAGGUGGGCUUUGAUGUCCUUCAGGUGAGGAGGCCUCUUUUUUAUGACUAGUAGUUAUUUAUUUAUUUAUUAAAGAUUUUGUUGAUUUACAAAAGCGUGCAAUGUCUCUCUUUCAUGUUUUUUCCCCCAUGUAACAUUUUUAUAAAUCAUUUUCAUUUGUUGAGACAUUAAGAAGAAAAGGGGUAAUAGGUGGAGGGCGGGGAACGAUGGGUGGGGGUGGGGUCGGGUGGCGAUUUUUCUAUUUUACUUACUAUACGUAGGGUUUGGUGUUAGCAUUGUUUGUGCAGGUUCUUUGCUGUUUGCUUGUAAUUAAUAAACCAAUUAAUAAACCAAUAUUAAUUAAAAUAUUGACUCUGUUCGCAUGAUCUUGGCCGGUCUUAAUGCACGCUCUCGUCCCGUUUUUCAGAGCCUCCUCCAGAGCAGACCCACUAAAGCCUAACCGGUGGGUCUACUCCUGUGUAGGAUUCAGUUCUUGAUAAUUGUGCACUUGGGUCUGGGUUAAAGGCGGAUCUACACGGAUCCUCAUGGAUCCUCCACUUUUUAAAAAAUAACUCCAACAAAUGCAGUGUCAAAUCCCACCUGGAAGGCACGCCUACAGACUGGACUAUCAAAAACGUGGAUGCAGCACCACAAAAACAUGGAUCCGAGGCAUGGAUCCUCAUGAAUUCAUAUGAUUUUUAUAGUGAAACAAAAUAAAAACACCAUGAUACUGUAGACCACUUUUUAGUCUGUAAGCAGAACCAAAAAAAUCACGCAUCCACUGUUUCGUGCUGCCGAAAUGGAGCAAAAACAUGGUUAAAAAACACGCAUCCUGAUGAAUCCUCAUGAUUUUUGCAUUAGAUCAGGCCAAAGUCACCAUCAGAUCAAACAUCAUGGCCAUGGGCACAGCAUGCAACACAAAGAUCCCAGAUCCAUGGCUUCCUGGUGACACCGUAGCCCAAAAACGUGGUUUUGAAGCCCGGAUCCUCAUGGAUCCUCAUGCUUUUUGCAUUGGGCCAAUCCAAACUCACCGUCAAAUCACACAUCAUGUCUAGGGGCACAGCCUGCAUCACAAAAAACUCAGAUCCACGGCUUCCUGGUCAGCCCUGUUUAGGGACGUUUUUAAUGUGUGACUUUUUAAUGUAUUUUUAUUUCAUUUUUUUGGAAGCCGCCCAGAGUGGCUGGGGAAAUCCAGCCAGAUGGGCAGGGUACAAAUUUUAUUAUUAUUAUUAUUAUUAUUAUUAUUAUUAUUACUUUGUAGGAUUUGAUAAUCUUUAUAGGUCUUUUAAAUUUCUAAUCUAUCUAUCUAUCUAUCUAUCUAUCUAUCUAUCUAUCUAUCCCCUCCCCCUUUUCCCUUUCUGUACUUCCCUAAUCCUUAUAAAAUUGAAUAUAUAUAUGUUUUAAAAAUUUACGGCUCCACAGUUUUCUGGUUUUUUAUGUUUGGUCACCCUGAAAUCACUAUCAAAUCACACAUGAUGAAUAUGACCACUGAAUGAACCACAAAACCCACAGAGCACAGCCAAGGAACAAACACUAUAUUAAGUACUUUAAUCCUCAUGGAUCGUCAUGAUUGUUAAAUGGACUCCACCAAAUUAUAUUGUAAGAUCACGUCAAUGUCUAUGGAAUGACCGAAAUAAAAACUCUAUCUGAAAUGGUUCUGCAUUAGCAAGAACCAUUUGCUAAUGUAUUGAAAUGACAUUCAUAUUCAUAGCUUCCACUGUGAAGAAAGAAAAGGAAGAAAAGGUUCAGGAACAAGCGACGCAGCAGCCCCCCAAGCGUAAAAACACAUUUGAACAUAUCGCUCAUGAGAUUCGCCCCCCCCCCCCCGCAGGAUAUAAAGGCAGAACAUCCUGUGCUCCUAUUAAUAUACAAAGUGGGGUAUUUCAUAUGAUAAGAACAGAGGAAGCUGCCUUAUACGGAGCCAGACCAAUUUUGGGAAAGUGCUACAUGGGCCAGUCCACCGAUUGGCUACCAAUGAGAACAUAGCAAAAGACAAAAUGGCUGCCAUAUGGUGUGGUAUGAAAUAAAUUUGCCUGGCUGUGGGGCCUGAAGGCCGCACCCUGCAAGACCCUUUCCACGUGGCCUAGGCCCAGACUCGCUAGCCCCACAAAAGAGGCUCCUCAUGAGGCCAGAGGAACAUGGCCUGGCUGUGGGGCAUGAUUCGAAACCUCCAGUCCCAGUCCACUGCUCUAACCACUAAACAAACACUGCCCCCCAUUGCAGCCUAUAACAGCCUGGAGGGCCACAGAUGCCCCAUAUUCUCUGGCUCUGAGAUUGCCCAAAGUUUCCUUUCUCUCCCUUGCUGUGCAAAAAGAAAAAUGCCCAUGACAAAAUAUGACAUUUUUGGUUCUUUGGAGACAGUUCUGCUUCUCUCUCUCUCUCUCUCUCUCUCUCUCUCUCUCUCUUCAUUUAAAGGAGCCACAUUCCUUUUCCCACCCAACUUCCUCCUGCACACAGCUUCAAAAUUUCCAUGAAGAACUAAUAAACCAACCAUAAUUGGAAUUUACGAGAUUAAGGAGAUUAUUUAUUUUUAUAUAAUGAAAAUAGAUGGGAGGAUAAGUUAAUUGCGCAAGGCAAGAAUAUAUAGGAUGGCAAAAAUCAAAAGAAACAAAGAUUAUGAUUUGGGUUCUUAAAAUAACAACAACACAUGCCUCCUCAGUGGAUUUCAGAACAAAUAUGUCUCUCUUUUUUAAAAUUACCCAAACACUAUAAUGCAAGGAGUUGUAGUGAUAGGCUUUGGCCUUUCCUGCCUAGCUUGACUCUCCUCAGCUUUGAUGCAAUACGUUUUUUUCUGAGGGCUAAUAUUACCAGACUUUUCUCCUCCAGCUCUACAAUUAAAACUUUUGUGGCCAAAUUUUCCACAUCCCCAGCGUUGAACUUCUUUGGGAUUUGUAUAAUUUGUUUUCCACCCUUUCUCCUCAGUGAGACUGGUGUUGGCUUGGGCCUUGUCAUUUUGCCCUUUUGACAAUGGCCUACUUCCCUUGUCUUUCUCUGAAGAGGGGUUUCCCUUUGCUUGUUGGAAUUUAUUUCUGUUAGUCCCCCACACUUUCCCGCCAAAACUUGGUUCAUUGAACCUAUGGUCCCUUAUUUCAUUUAUUUGGUCAGCUAAGUUAGCGGCUUCUUGAAGUGAUUUGAGGGUGUCUUUCCUUAUUUUAAUUGGUCGUUUAUUGUUUCAUAAAAUUGUUCCAGAGCAAACACUUCUCUGAUUUUUGGAACAGAGUCUGCCCUCUCCUCUUUCUAACCAUUUUGUGAGGCAGUUUGAGAUUUUCGCCCCAAGCUGAGCAGAUGUCUCCUGCCUCACUUUAGUCACACUUCUAAAUUUCUUUCUCAGUUGUUCUGAGGUAAUCCCAAACCUGGUGUAUAUUAGUUGCUUAAAUAUAUCAACAUUUUUUGAAUAGUUCGCCGACAUUUGGGCAUAAAUUUGUGCUAAUGACCCACUGAUCCUGGCUCUAAGGAUCGUCAUCUUAUCCUCAUCUUUCACUUGAAAGUCUUGACAAGCUCUUUCAAAUGAUAUAAUGAAAGCCUCAGGGCAAACUUUUUCCUUAAACUCAGGAAAACGCUUUAAAUCUACCUUCACUUGAGUUGGACUACUGGUGUUAUUACUAUUAUUUUGAUUCUCCGUAGCUGCCAAGUCCAGUUUCCUCAUCUCCAACUGAAAUUGCAUUCUUUCUAAUUCCUGUGCAGAUUUAAUCUUUUCCAAUUCCAAUCUAUAUUCUUGUUCUAACUUUCGCUUUCAAAUUCUUCAGAGAAUUUUGGACCUCCUGCCUCAGGUUGAAUAUUAGUUAUAUUUUCUAAACUCUGCUCUUCCCUCUGAGGAUUUCCAUUCUCCUCUCCUUCAGAGCUUUCAUAAGCUGUUUCCCUCACAGGGUUUCUUAUCUUUUUGGGUGACAUAUUGUGUGAGUGAGAACCAUCAAUAAAUUAACAAAUAAGAGAAAUUUCCUCUCAGUUCUGUUUCUUCUGGCUAGGCUUCUCUCAAGACUCUGGUCCCAAAGUUCUGCUAUGGGUUUUCUCUCUAACCCUUCAAGCUCUCCUUCCUCUGACCACGAGCCGAAACCCUCUACCAGAACACACUUUGAGCUCUCUUUCUCUUUGUUAUCUUGGCUUUGCGGCUUAUCUUGGGUACCUCACAACUACACCCCCGGGCUAGGUAAUCCCUUCACAGAUUUACCCUUGACCCUCCAGGUGUAUUGUUUCCCCACCGAAUCCCACCACUUGCCUACCACUUCUGUGGUGACAGGUAGUGAUGUUAUUCCACCGCAGGUACGGUUGUGAUCCCACCUACGGUUGUUAUCCCACCGCUGCCACCAAUUUUGUGGCGAUCACACAGGGCCCCCGGACGUUUGACGGUCUAUUGACCCUGUGCCACCACUGUGAUUGCUUUCUUUUUUUGCAAAUGCUUUUUAUUCAGUUUUUCACAAACAAAAUAAAACAAUAUUUUACAGUCAUCAUUUUAUGUCAUCUUAUUUACACUGCGUAUAUACACGCCCAGACUUCCUUCCUUCCCAGCUGCGGUUUUCUUAAUAUAGAUCUUCUCUUACAGAUUCCUAUUCACUUCUAUACACAUCACAGGAUUUAUGUUACCCCUGCUGUAGUUUUUAAACUUCUACAGUUAAUUCUUAUGUAUGCCACAAAUUUACCCCAUUCUUCUUCAAACUUUGUCCCUUUUUGGUGCCGGAUUUUAUACGUCAUUUUCGCUAAUUCUGUGUAUUCAAAAAAUUUAGCCUGCCAUUCCAUAACCGUUGGGGUCUCCUGUGACUUCCACUUUUGAGCUACAAGGAUCCUAGCUGCUACUGGAGCAUAUUGGAAUAAUUUGUGAUCCUCCUUUUUUACUUCCUCCCCUAUUAUCCCUAAUAGAAAAGCCUCCAGUUUUUUCGGGAAUGUAUACUUAAAAAGUUUCUUCAGUUCAUUAUAUAUAAAGUCCCAAUUUUUUUUCAUCUUUUCACACUCCCACCACAUGUGGCCACCACGGUGAUUGCUUUCUUGGCUGCCACACCCCGUUUCUCACGGGGACACACGGAGCCCAGACAGUUGCUAACAUUAACAAAUAAUCAAGUUUAUUUUUAAAUGCAGGAACAAGCGUAUGGUUUCCGUUUAUUUUUCUCUUCUCAGUUUCUUAAUUUUAGUUCCUAACAACUCCAAACUGAUUAUUCCAACUAUCUAUCUGACUCUCCCUAACAAUUCCUCUCACUCUCUCACAAUACAACUUGACCAACCCACUGCCUAUUCCUCCCUCUUCCUUCUCCAACUCCCAAACCUCAACUGACUUUCAAAACUUUUACUCCCCCCUUGCAUUCUCACUGGCCAAUCACAUGACACCCAUUUUUACCCUUUCCUUAUGACCCAUCCUAGGAGGCAAAUGCCACAGCCAUACACCCCAAAGCUCACCUGAAGGACAUCAAAGCCCACCUGAUGUCCCCAAACAUAUGAUUAUACAUGUGAUUCCAUUCAACCGUAAAGACUAAACUGAUAGUUUUGUUUUGGGACUUCAGAUGGGCUUUGAUGUCCUUCAGGUGACGAGGCCUCUUUUUUAUGACUAGUAUUUAUUUAUUUAUUUUGUUGAUUUACAAAAGUGUGCAAUGUCUCUCUCUUGUGUCCCCCCCCCAUGUAACACAUUUACAAAUCAUUUUCAUUUGUUGAGACAUUAGGAAGAAAAGGGGAAAGAGGUGGAAAAGAUGGGUGGGGUGGCAAUUUUUAUAUUUUACUUCCUAUAUGUAGGGUUUGGUGUCAGCGUUGUUUGUGCAGGUUCUUUGCUGUUUGCUUGUGUUCCUUUGGUGGUGAGAGAGGUUGGGGUUGGCCUAGGGUGUGGUUAUUCAUUUGUAGUUGGCUGUGGUGGUCUUUGUUUUCAUGUGUGAGUGGGGUGGGUGGGUGUUUUGGAUCAGCAACAAAUCUACUUAUUCCAAGACCUCCCUUAAAGCAGUAGUGGAUCACCAUGAAGAAGGUGCCACCACCCAGAAGGCCUCUGCCUGGUUCCCUGUAACUUGGCUUCUUGCAGGCGUCUCCUACGUUUUUCCUUCUAGCGCCUGCUGAAAACCUUUGAUUUUACCCCCCAGAGGCGCACUCCAUUGCCUCUCGAAAGAGAUGCCCACAACUUCCCCGGGAACUCUGGGAAUGGGAGUUCUGGGAGGGGCAUAGGGGGUCUCCUAACGGCUUUCAGCACUACAGCUCCCAGAAUCCUUUGGGGGAAGCAUUUCAAGGUACCAUAUGGCUUUUAAGUGGAUGUUGGGCGUGUAACGUCAGCUGUCAUGUGUUCCCCAUCCACUGGAUGUCAGGAUUUCCUAACGAAAACCUCCAAAACAAAGCCACACUCCUUUCUACCCCCUAAAAAAAGACCAUCAACUGGAGAAAAUGUGGUUUAUCUGCUGGUAUGAUUGGUACAAGCUGAAGCGGGUGUCAGAAUUGUAGGCGAAAGAUUUGUAGAACGGAAGAGUGGGAAGGGACCCCAUGGGUCAUCUAGUCCAACCCCCAGGAAUGAGGGAAUCAAGAAGGGUCAGAAGUGAGAGAAUGGACCCAAUAUUUGUCAGAAUGGACCCAAUAAUAAUAGGAAAUAUGCUUUUUUAAAGAAUAGAUUUGAAUGCCAGCUCAUUCAUUCCAUGCACAUUUUUGAAACGGGGGUGGGUGGGUGGAAAGAGUGAAUUCAUCACCAGGGGGCUUUCAAGUCCUGGCAAUUCACUCCUUGCAUUUAUUUAAUAUUUGAAGAUUCCUUCUUGCUUCAACUUUGGUUUUGGGGAGUUUUAUUUUUUAUACAAGAUAAAAACACAAAUAAAUAAGACAACCAUCAUGAUUUAGUUAGACCCUGCCCAUCCGGCUGGGUUUCCCCUUUUUCAAUUCUAAUAGAGCAUUAGAGUUCUGAUAUAAAAGAGGGAAGAUAAGUUGCAGCUAAGGGUGCAAAAGAAAAGAAAAAAACAUCUUAGGAAAUGGGAUAAUAGAAAGGGGGGGGGGACUUACUAUGUAACGAAUCCUGAUGUGCAAUUUGUGGAAUUUCAACAACAACACAACAAAAUAUUUAAUAAAACCCAGAACAGAAAGAAACCAAACCAAUCCCUACCCCUAAUCAGGCAUUAUCCAGGUAAAAAGCAAAAACUAAAGGACACAACUAAUUCAAACCCAUUCAUUCCAAUAGGCUUACUCUGAGUAGAAUCUCACUGCAUUGUCACCAGAACUCCUUGCAUUACAGUGUUUGGGUAAUUUUAAAAAAGAGAGAGACAUAUUUGUUCUGAAAUCCACUGAGGAGGCAUGUGUUGUUGUUAUUUUAAGAACCCAAAUCAUAAUCUUUGUUUCUUUUGAUUUUUGCCAUCCUAUAUAUUCUUGCCUUGCGCAAUUCACUUAUCCUCCCAUCUAUUUUCAUUAUAUAAAAAUAAAUAAUCUCCUUAAUCUCGUAAAUUCCAAUUAUGGUUGGUUAGUUAGUUAGUUCUUCAUGGAAAUUUUGAAGCUGUGUGCAGGAGGAAGUUGGGUGGGAAAAGGAAUGAGGCUCCUUUAAAUGAAGAGAGAGAGAGAGAGAGAGAGAGAGAGAGAAGCAGAACUGUCUCCAAAGAACCAAAAAUGUCACUUUUAUCAUGGGCAUUUUUCUUUUUGCACAACAAGGGAUAGAAAGGAAACUUUGGGCAAUCUCAGAGCCAGAGAAUAUGGGCAUCUGUGGCCCUCCAGGCUGUUGUAGACUGCAAUGGGGGGCAGUGUGGUUUAGUGGUUAGAGCAGUGGACUGGGACUGGAGGUUUCGAAUCAUGCCCCACAGCCAGGCCAUGUUCCUCUGGCCUCAUGAGGAGCCUCUUUUGUGGGGCUAGCGAGUCUGGGCCUAGGCCACGUGGAAAGGGUCUUGCAGGGUGCGGCCUUCACGCCCCACAGCCAGGCAAAUUUAUUUCAUACCACACCAUAUGGCAGCCAUUUUGUCUUUUGCUAUGUUCUCAUUGGUAGCCAAUCGGUGGACUGGCCCAUGUAGCACUUUCCCAAAAUUGGUCUGGCUCCGUAUAAGGCAGCUUCCUCUGUUCUUAUCAUAUGAAAUACCCCACUUUGUAUAUUAAUAGGAGCACAGGAUGUUCUGCAUUUAUAUCCUAAGGGGGGGGGAUCUCAUGAGCGAUAUGUUCAAAUGUGUUUUUACGCUUGGGGGGCUGCUGCGUCGCUUGUUCCUGAAUCUUUUCUUCCUUCUAAAUGCCCUGAAGAUCCAUUGCACACCUUGACUUGCAUGAAACCUCCUCUCUCUUAUUUGCUCAGUGAACCACACCAGGAGAAGGAGGAAUGAAGGAAAACAGAAAUCCGGCCUGAGAACGGAGGUCCCUGUCAAGAGAAUGGCCAAGAUCUCCUCAGGUGAGGAUGAAAGGGGAGGCAGGGAAAAGCAAAGAGCCCCUGAAAACAUCCCCCCACUUGGGAAGAACUUGUCGGCCAAACCCCUGCACGGAAGUGUAUCUGCAUGAAGACGGUCAGCACUUUUCUAUUGGAUGGGUGUCACUGAGCAGAGUUUUCAAUGGAGAUGGUGUAUCCGGAUUAAGUGGGGGAAACAGAAUGGGAGAGCAUUUGGGUGUGGAUGAUGUCAUGCAGAUACAGAACUGGACUUGCGUCUUUGACGGGGUGAGCUCCCAUUGCUCGGUCCCAGCUCCUGCCAACCUAGCAGUUCCAAACUACGUCAAAGUGCAAGUAGAUAAAUAGGUACCGCUCUGGAGGGACGGUAAACGGCGUUUCUGUGUGCUGUUCUGGUUUCGCCAGAAGCGGCUUAGUCAUGCUGGCCACAUGACCCGGAAAAACUGUCUGCGGACCAACGUCGGCUGCCUCGGCCAGUAAAGCCAGAUGAGUGCCCCCCCCCACAGAGUAGCCUGUGACUGGACUUAAGUGUCAGGGGUCCUUUACCUUUACCUUUUUAAAAGCACUGCACACUGCCAUGCAGUGUGAAAGUGCUUCAUCUUAUCAAUGGUCACAACUCCUGAAAUGAAUGGAUGGCUCCAAUGCUCCAUUUGCUGCCUUCCUUCAAACAUUAGCAUUUGUGUAUGUUCUAUGAUGUUUAAAAUUGUCAAAAGGAUGACAGCUUUUAAUUCCUCUGAAUUUGAUAUCUCCUUUAGAUUUUUAAAGGCUGGCUCCCAAAGUUAUUUAGGCCUAUUGCUUGGCCGAAUGUUAAUCACACACACACUUUUCAGUGGAAACUGCAUGCAGCUGAGCAGCUCACAUUCGGAGCAUCAACACAGAAAGAAACAGAAAGAAAGCCACACAAAUAUUUUGAGGGAAGUGUCUUAGGAAAGCCAUUUUAAAUCACGGACACCUAGGUUCUGAAAAUGGUAUUGCCUGUAUUGGUGUGAGGGAUGGGGUCCCAUGGCGCACAUUCCAUGUGGUCCCAGUGCAAAGGAAAAGAGCUAAGAUCUUCUCCCUUACUAUAAUGUCCAAACAAGAUGUGAUGGGGAAGAAGAAUGAGAGGUUUGUAAGGAGUCUUCAAUAAUUUUGCCAAGGAAAUUCUUAUGGCUCAUGCUAUUAGCCUUUCUUGUACAUGGAGAUCCUUUAUGAAAUGCAUUCAGGACCAUCAAACAAAUCUGUACUGAGAUACACAUACUGUAUCACCAUUUUUACUGCUGGAAUCUGACUUCAGGAGAAACGCGUUUUAACUGCACAGUGUCCUGGAAUAGACACUCUGUUUUGGGAAAGAAGGGAACUGAGUUCCCUCCCAUUUUCCACUUCCUGAUGUUCCAAAUGACCAGUACCUUGGAGUUAUGAUUUGUGUUGUUGUCAGGAUUCUAACUGGACUGUAACUGACCUAAGAAUUCUGCAGAGCAGUUGCUGCUGUGGCUGGCUGGCUGCUCAGGCGAACGUCAGCUCAAAUACCUGCGCUGUUCCUGGCACGCUAGACUCUAGCUGAGGAAGGCAUUUCACGUAAGUUUAUGGAUUAAACAUUCCUCACUAUGCCAUCAGCUGUGUUUAUGCUCAGUGGAAAAAGAUAGGUGCAGUAAAGGUAAAGGGACCCCUGACCAUUAGGUCCAGUUGUGACCAACUCUGGGGUUGCGGCGCUCAUCUUGCUUUAUUGGCCGAGGGAGCCGGCAUACAGCUUCCGGGUCAUUAUUAAGCCGCUUCUGGCGAACCAGAGCAGCGCACAGAAACGCCGUUUGCCUUCCCGACGGAGCGGUACCUAUUUAUCUACUUGCACUUUGAAGUGCUUUCGAACUGCUAGGUUGGCAGGAGCAGGGACCGAGCAAUGGGAGCUCACCCCGUCGCGGAGAUUAGAACCACCAACCUUCUGAUGGGCAAGUCCUAGGCUCUGUGGUUUAACCCACAAAACAGCAAAAUCAUGAGCAGCUUCCCAUCCACAACAGGUUGCUGAGGUUCUGGCCAUUUUCACAGGAACAAUGCAACAGUAGAUUAAAUCAGUAGCAGUGUGCUGGAAGAAAGUAUGAGUUGCGGCUUCUCUGGAUCAGAUGUCUCUACCUAACCAGGGGGUGGGAGAGAGCAGGGGAACUCUUUCUUUUGCUGCUUCUUUCUGUGCAUGGAAGGAAGAAUGCAGGAGGGAGGAUGUCCUUCAAUGACUAGACAUGCUUGUUAUUCCCUCUCUCACUGCAUCUUGUCUUCUCUUUUGUUUCCAGGAUGUCUGCCAAUGUCUCCCCUGGUCCCCUCCUCUCCAAACCCCCCCUGCGGGUGAAAGAAGGCUCCCAGGUAGUCAGAUGGCUGAGCUUAGUUUCCGGCCUCCAGAUAUCUGCAUUCCUGGUGGAUAUUUUGUCCUUGCCGAUGUGCAUUGUGUCAACACUCAGUGUCAACUGGAGAGUGUGGCGUGUGGAAAACGUCAAGGGGAUUGGCUCUGGAAACAUCUGGAUUGGAAUCUGGCAGGUCUGCUUUUGGAAAGACCCUUCUAACGACGGCAACUCUUUUUGGCAUUGCGAAGAUCUCAAUGAGCAACAUCCAACCCUCCCGAAGGAAAUUUUUAUUGCACAGGAUUUAAUGGCAUUAGCUUCCAUUAUGAAUUCAGUGGCCCUGGGAUUAAUUUCAUUUGCCUUGUACAAUGUGUUCAAGCCCAGAAAACAUAAGGAUUUUCUCUUUCGCUUUUUUAGGCUUGGAGCUCUGCUGAACUUAGUUGCAGGGAUACUCGUCCUGAUUUCUGUGGUAUGGAACAUGUCUGCUGUCUUACAAAAUGGGGAAAUUGACUUCCCUGAAACUUUUGAAUUGCCUCAAAUUCCCAGCGAGCAGCAUAUUGGACCUUCUAUUUAUCUAGGCUAUAUCGCUGCGGGUUUCCAGCUGCUGAGUGCAGCAUUGGUUGGGAUUGAGAGAUGUUGCAUCAGGACCACCACAACAGAUACAUCUCUAAUAGAAACUGUAGUGGUGAUUACCCCAGGAAGUGGGGUGAAAAGCCAGAGUCUAACUACUUGUUCGAAGUGUGGUUCUUUGCUAGAUCUGGUAAUUCAAGAGAAAUCCUCCACAGUGGAGAUGGAGGAAAGCUGUGCAAGUGAUCUUGUCAUUCCUGAGGAAUCCUGUGCAGUAGAGAUGGAGGAAAGCCGUACGCCCCAAAGCUCACCUGAAGGACAUCAAAGUCCACCUGAAGUCCCAAAACAUACUAUUAUACAUGUUAUACCCUACAACAGGGAGUCGUAAACUAUCAGAUCCAGAUCAACGCAGAUCGCUCCAUACACGGAUGGAUCUGCGUGGAUCAGGAUAUGAUAGUUUUGUUUUGGGACUUCAGGUGGGCUUUGAUGUCCUUCAGGUGAGGAGGCCUCUUUUUUAUGAUUAGUAGUUAUUUAUUUAUUUAUUAAAGAUUUUGUUGAUUUACAAAAGUGUGCAAUGUCUCUCUUUCAUGUUUUUUCCCCCAUGUAACAUUUUUAUAAAUCAUUUUCAUUUGUUGAGACAUUAGGAAGAAAAGGGGAAAUAGGUGGAGGGGGGAACGAUGGGUGGGGGUGGGGUCGGGUGGCGAUUUUUCUAUUUUACUUACUAUACGUAGGGUUUGGUGUUAGCAUUGUUUGUGCAGGUUCUUUGCUGUUUGCUUGUAAUUAAUAAACCAAUU